AAAAAAUAGGUUAUAGGAACUCAAGGACAGGGCACAUGCGCACAAUGCAUGCGAUACAUUAUAAUAGUAGGAGGGGUAUAUGUCUGUAUAUAUGCGUGUGUGUAUGUGCGCGUGUGAGGUAGAGGGGAGGGGUAUAGAGCUAUAAGUGAUUAUGAAACACACCUGGUUAGUGUGUAUAUACGCUGCACGCAAAAUAUGCAUUCAAAAACAUGGAAUAUUAACCCUUUCAGGGCAAAAGAAGAGAUGCCCCAACGCUUUUUUUGCUUUUUUUGCAGACAAACAAAAAGAGAGAAGAAAACGGAAGCAUUCACUUAUUUAGUAGAACCUGACAGAUAUGACAAGUACAAUAAUCAAUGUUUCCUGCUUCCGUGAACAAGAACAGAAUAUAAUCAUAAGAAUCAUAAGAAAUGCCCAUUUUAUAGGCUAUGUUUUAACCAUAAGGCGGCACCCGGGAUGCAGAAUUUAAGAAAAGCUAACCAGCUAAAUGAAUAAUGUUGAGCCUAUAUGUGAGAGGAAAAAAUCCUUAUAGCGGGAUCAAGAAUUUUUAAAUCUUUAUAUCUUUGAUUAGAGCUUCGACGGGCCUGCUGGAGGCUAUUUUGGAGGUUACCUGACAGUGUGUUAUAGAGCAAAUGAUGGCAAACAGGGUCCAAGAAAUGAAAAUAUUUCGCAUGUUGUGUUCAACAUGUUAAAUGGUUGCAGGGGAUGUUUCUGACUCGCCAGAAAAUUAUUAUCCCCCCAAAGAAACAGCUGUCUCUGGCUCUUUGAGUGCUACUCUUUGACCAGUGGACUUUUUUUUGUUGUUGUUGUUCUUGUCAAAAUAUAAAAAGUCAUCUUGAACAAAAACUACAGCUAGGGUUAAGGUAUAACCCCUGCACUACAAUGGUUAGGUUAUAACAGUAACUAUAAGAUUAUAAGUUGACUGACUGGGAAAAUAGCACAAGCAAAAACAAAGUAAUUGUAAUUGUUCAGUAAUUUGAUCAUUUCCUUGCGUGUGGAAAGUCUGGGCCCAGGGUUGGUGAGGCAGGGGGGACUGAUAAGCUACCGUCGUUAAGGCUUGUGAUUUAAAAAUCACGUUUUACAAAUCAGUAAAUAAGGGAAACAAAGCGAAUUCUGAAGAAAAUGCAGUGGCUCCACCAAACCACCACAAGAGCCGAAACAGAGAAAGUAAUAUAGCAGUUCUCGUUGGCUGUUCUGGCAUAUAAGCGUGCCAAAACAGGCAAACAUGAAUAAAAAACCAUGCCAAUAAAACACAGCUUUAUAGAUGUCAGUUAACGCGUGCCUAUAUUUAAAGUAUUAAUAUUGAGAAUAUGUCAAUAACUGAAUUAUAUGGUACUAUUUUAACCCUUGAUAAACCAGAUCAGCCGUCCUGGAAAACAUAAUUUGACAAAAACCCGAAAAGGGUCGACCAGAAAGUCUCGUUAGCAUGCAGCACCACAGAAAUGUUCAGCAGGCAAAGCAAUAACUGAUCAUUAGGAGCUAAAACAGAGCACGAUCCUUUUGUCUUUUCAUCAGUCAUAAUCAAAACAAGCCGGUCCAAAGUGGGCAGACAAUAGUGAAUCAGAACCCCCACAAUGACCGGGAUUAUGGGUUUGUACAGCAUAAAGAAAUAAGCAUGUGUGUUCCAGAUUUGAGUCAAAACCUUGUUUUCGUCUAAAAACUGCACCAGGCUGAGAUGACUUCCUUGCACCGCUCAGAAGCAGCACUGAGAAAUAGCUCAAAGAGUCAUUAUUUCCAAAUCCGACUUUCAAACAAGUCUCGUCCCUUGUUUAAAAAAUCUUUAACAAUAUGAGCCAAUGGAGUGAUAUUAGUGGAAGCUCUUUCACUCUAAAGACAAAUAAUAUUUCAGGCUUAGAUUCGUUUAGAUGUGCAUAUUUUUUUAGUGCACAAAGGCCCCUAUUAUAAUUCAGAGUCUGAAAUGGUGUCAUUUCCUCCAGACAUCCCUGUUUUGCUAUGAGGUUAGAGGCCAAGCCCAGGCGGUAGCGGCCUGUCUGUGAAUCCAUUGUGUGCUGCUUAUUUAGCGCUCAACAUUAAUCUGCGCUUCCCCUCACAAGUGAGAAACAAUCGCAGCGUGAGAGUGGCCUGUCUAAUUACAUCUUUCACUCCCAACUUUCACUCUUUGGAUUGGGCCCUUUUGUGACUGGGGAGAUGUUAGACGGGAGCAGAAGGUGCUGCUCAGGUAUGGUGUAAAAAUACUAAACAGAAGCAGCAUUAUCACAAAGCAAGAAUUUUAUUUUAAAUCAAAUCAGCUAGAAGCAUGUGAUGGUGCACUUUUGCAAAUCUCUGCAAAUAGGAGCUGGGCACAGCCGUGGAAACGCGCACUGUGUGAAUAUUUUGCUGUGCUGCUUCACCGCGAUUGCUUUGCAAAAAAAUAAAUUCAUAAAGCCUGUAUUUAACAAGUGAGAAAAAAAUAAUCAAGAAAAUUAUGCCUCCCACAGGAAAAAAAACGGGAACAGACAAAACCAGCUUAAAUUACAGAUUUUUGCGUUGCACAAAUAGAAAUGAAAACAGCUUUGGACUCUACCUCUCAGCCAACCUUCACAGUUUCCCAAAACCCAAAGCACGUGAACAAAUCAAAUCAAAUAAAUACAUCACAUCAGAGCAAACUGCCGGCUUGUGGUGCCCAAAUAAUUAGCUAACACGAGGAAACAGGUUAUGUGUCCUGAAUUAAUUUGAAGAAUCUAAGAGGCACCAGCCAGAAAAAAAACCUAUUGACUAAGACAAAGCGUUUUUCUAAUAAUAAAAAUAAGCCAGCCGAAAAACUCCUCACUCAGUCUCAGUCUUGCUGCUCCUCGGGUCAUCCCCGAUCCACUCUCCCUCUCUUUCUUUUUUUAAAAUGCACUUCUCCGGUUCAAACGCCAGAGAAGAGCCGUCCUCGCGAGCCGGUGGCGUCCUGGGAAGUGAAGCGCAAACUUGGUGCUGGUCAGCAAAGUUACUCAAAGUUUUGUCUUUGGCGCGACUCUGUAUCCCGAGCACCGCGCACAAAACAGUUUGUUUGCAUCACUGAUUUCUUUUAAAGGGAUAUGGACCCAGUUCUUGGUCGACCGCAGCGUCACGACAGGCGAACAUGAGAACAUCAAAAAUACUCAGCGCACAUCCCCGUGCGUUUGAAAGCAGACAGGGAAGACUCUUUUGGCUGUCACGUUUUAGUUUUGAUGCAAUUUGUUGCCAGUUAUGAGGCGACUGAAAGCAACAUGACACAUCCGACCACCCUGCACAUCAGUGAUGAGUAAACAGAAAAUCUGCGGUUUAUUUGGGGGAUAAAGGGCAUAAAUGCUCGAAGAUUAAGUUGCAUUUUUUAAAGUAAACACACAUACGUUACUUUUAGGUGAAAACAUGAGCACGUAGACACCCAGAAAAAAGGCUAUCCGCAUUUAACCUUGGCCAGGACGGAGUGUUCUCAAGCCUUAGUUGACCUUACGAGUGCUGUAACUACGUUUAAUAAAGCUAAAUUGUAAUGUAUAAACUCAACAAGUAGUUAUUUUAUUGUUGUAGUGUUUUCAGAUGGCAUUUUAAAACACGCCUCAAAGAUCUUCAUAUCACGCAUCCCCACGCAUGUCUGUAUUGGAACAGUGAUCCCGUUUUGUUAAAAUUCCGUCUCAUUUGCCUUCAUAUGAGUAAAUCAUUACUUCUUAUUGUGUUCAAAUGAAACUGUAUUUAAUUGCGGGCGUGCGUAAAAGUGUCAAAAAUUAAACUUUAUAGUUAUACAAAUGUUAUUGGGUAAAAAAAUAUAUAUACACGUGUUUAAAUGGGCUAUAUAGUGAAAAUGUGCUACUUGUGUUAUUGGGAAUCCCUGCCUGCCCUGCAAGCAAGGAACCCCGGGGGUCCCCGCAGCUCAAUUUGACAACCGAUGCUCCAGUGUCCUAUUGUUUUAAUAUACACGACAAAAACUGACGUGCAUGGCGUUUUUAAAUUGAAAACCCCAAAGCGCCCCAAAAUAGAAUAAAAUAAGUCACAGGUUCAUAAACACUGAUGAAAUAUUGUGAGUAUGUGGGUGCAUGCCUUGGAUUUAAAUUAGGUCUCUUCUCCGUUAGUCCAGCACUCUUUCUCUUUUACUAAGGAGAGGAUGGGCGUUUGUAGACUGCUCUGGAGUCUGCGUCACGUGGCCUGGUUUCUGCCGUCCCAUUGGUCCAAGGCACGUGUCUGGGAGGACGGUGGGAAAACGUCACUCGGGGGGCUCGUAUUGAAAAUAAGAACAAAACUCCAGAGUGAGAGUAUUAGAGCAUCAGUUUAGGAGCCUCUUUAUUUACCCUUAGUUUAGUUUAGGUGUAGGCAUUACCGAGCACGCUGAUAUUGGAUGACACUAAAUUGGAUGGUGCGCAAAUGGCAAAUGUUUUAGCUGUGCGAGAUCAGUUGUAACCCGAGAUUGGGGGGGAUAUAUGUCAAAAAGUAUGCUUUUCUCAGAGGACACAGUCGCAAGGCUUUGCAUGGUGUCCGAGGCACUCACUAGUAUUUGAGUUUUCUUUUUUUAUUUAUUUUACUCGUGCAGUUUUUGCAGUCUAAUUCCCCUAAAGUUGUUCGCGAAUUUUAUUGCAACGGAGAGAGCGAUAAAGGGGUUAAAGAGAGUAAAGCGGGGGAAAGUGAAUCAGUAUGGAAGAAAAUGAUCACGGCAACAGAGAUGUGGUGGAGCGGCAGGAGUCGGCGGACGAAUCAAACAGAGCCAUCCUUCCCCUCUUACAGGCGCCGGGGAACUUGCAGAUCCCUCACCGGGUCACCAAUUUUUUCAUCGACAACAUCCUGCGGCCGGAUUUCGGACGGAAAAAGGACGGUGGCGCAAACCGCGAAGAGAGUAGCCUUGCGUCGCGGGAGAGCCACAACAGCCCAACCGCCCCUCAGACCGAACCGGUGGGGAGCACUGUGCCAGCAGAAGGGACCUCCACUCCACACACGGUUACCGGGACCAAGAAGCCUGCUAUUGCCGCCGAGGAGCCCCUGAAACCCCGCGGGGAGAAUGGAGACCAGUGCCUAAGCUCAGACUCAGACAGUUCCCAAGCCAGCUCAAACCCAUCCAUGUCUCAGCCCAUGCUGUGGCCAGCCUGGGUCUACUGCACCAGAUACUCGGAUAGGCCUUCUUCAGGGCCAAGAUCUCGGAAACCAAAGAAGAAAACGACCAGCAAAGAGGACAAGCGACCACGGACGGCCUUCACAGCAGAACAGCUGCAAAGACUCAAAUCGGAGUUUCAGACAAAUCGGUAUCUGACGGAGCAGAGGCGACAGAACCUGGCGCAGGAACUGGGCCUGAACGAAUCCCAGAUCAAGAUCUGGUUUCAGAACAAGAGGGCCAAAAUCAAGAAGGCUAGCGGCACUAAAAACUCUCUGGCCUUGCACCUGAUGGCACAGGGACUGUACAAUCACUCCACCGUCACGUCGAAAGACGAAAAAUCAGACAGCGAUUGAUUUCCAGAGAAGUAACAGCAGCCUCCUGACGAAAAAGAACCUAUAGUAAUCCUAUUAUAGAUUUUUAUAGAGAUAUCACAGAAAAAAACUCUACUUACAGGAAUAUUUAAUGAUGCCACAGCAGAUAAAAAUACUACAAAGUACUAUUACUAUUACUCAACGCUUACUCAGUAGCCUACAGAUGUACAUCGUGUCCAGGGCACCGUUAAAAAUACAAUACUACAAAAAAAGUAAGAAUAAGAUCGCCACUACUUCGAGUCCCUACAGGAAUUUUAAUGCUACCAUAGGUCUCUGUAUGUUCCUAUGGGAAUAUUAUAGUGCUUUUUCGUUAUAUGGGAGGUUUAGACAAGCCUACAAUGCAAUAAUUUCACCGAAUAAAGGGCCAGUGUAUAGAGUAUACCAGCAUAAACUGUUUGAAAAAAAGAGAGAUAUUUCUGCAAUAUCACGUCUAUAAAAGAUGUUGUAUAAAGGUAUGUUUUCAUUGUUUGUUGUCCCCCAACCCAGCCCAGCCCAAGCUCAACCCCAACAACCCCCCCGGAGGUACAAACGCUUACUCCCUUCAUUUUUAUAUACCGUAUAGGAUUACUGCUACCCAUGAUUGUCAUCGUUUCACAUUUUACUAACUGGCACUUGACGUUUGGAUUUGUCAGUGAAGUGAGCAAACUUUAAGUCCAAAGAAUAUUUUUCUGCUGCAUCCAGGCUACUGUGAAUUUAAAUAAAUGCUAACGCGGUUUUUAUCUUCCAUGCUUGUUGGGUUUUUUUGGGGAGGGGGGGUUGAUUGUGUUUGAUGUAAAAUAGGCAGAGGAAGGUGUUGCGUGUCAGCUGCAAAACUAAUCGGGCAGACUCUGAAUUUUGAUACUUUUUUUUUUUUUUUAAAUUCACAGUUUCUUACAAGUGACCGAGAGAGGUAGGGAUUUUUUUUUCUCUCUAACACACCACUUAACGAAAAUGCUAAUUUAGGCCUUGCUUAUGUUUGUGGUCAUCUCAUAGCCUUUAAACAAAUAUUAUGUGCGUAUUCCAUUCGUUAUACCAAUGCAUCAGUGCAGCUAUUAUAGUUUUAAAUAGCAAUACGAAUCAUUUUUUGUAGCUAAGCGAAGGCUAUAAUGCUGCCUAUUACGUCACAGAAACAACUCUGUAGCAUAAAGACAAUGAUGACGCCCAUUUUUGCGUACUCUCACGAGUAUCUUCUAGAAAUGCAGGUUAUUGGAUGUUCUUGUUAAAUCUUUCUCUAUAUACAUUUUAAUUACAUAUCCAUAUAUCAUAAAAAGAAGGCAAAUCCGUCAGUGACUGUAUUACAAAUGUUGGAAAUCUCUUAUCGUUGUUGAAAGGACUUCAUAUGUGUAUUUAUAUAGAUUAUAUUGAGAAAAAAAAUCUAUCCAAUGACCAGUGUUGCUUUAGAGUAGAUAUCUGAGGUGUUUACACUGCUUGUUUAUCUUGCAAUAACUUCUUUUUGUUUUCUUUUCUUUUUCUUUUUGUUUUGGUUUUUUUUUUUGUGAAUGAAAAAUUGUUUAUGGGGCCUUUUGCAUGAAAGCUGCAAUUUGUUGUACUUGGGCAAAUAACUGUGUUUAUAAAACUUUGGUCUUUAUCGACGAAAGUAUGAUCGAGCUAAGUUUCAGACUGUAUCCAUACCAAAUUGUGGAUUAUUUGCCUUUCAAAGUCUUUUUGUUGUGUAUCUGCAAAAAGUGUGUGUGAAUUAAAAUCCACCAAACAGAAAACACACUUUGCCUUAAAGUUCAAGUGUGAACUUUUUAUGAAACAGAACUGUGCCGAAUCAGAGAAGCAGUAUUACUUCAAAUGCAGACUACUCAAGUUUAAUGCCUUUAUGAAAAACUGCUGGUACGACAUUAUGAAUUUACUCAUCAGCGUAUAUCUAUCUAUAUAUGAACAUGUUUAAAUAAAAUUACAACACAGAGUUGUAGAAUACAAUGCUAUUUUUUAUUUUAUGUUGGAAGUAUUCUUUGGUAUAAAUGUACAUAAUUUGUAUCAUGUAUUAAUUGUGUAAUUAACUGCCACCUGAAAACUGCAAAAGAAGAGUAAAUAAACCUUGAAGAUUAUACACAAA